UGCCGUACAGGUGGAUCAUGUCCCUGUCCAAUACCUUAUCCCAUGGGUUGUUGAAAGAUCUUGGCAAACUUGCAGAGUUGAAAGGACGGGGUCUAAUUCUUGCCCGUCACUUCGAGACGAUAAAAACACAUGUGAAGGCGGGAAACUCCGUUGCGAAGGAGCGGUGGGACGCCAUCGAGAGUGCGUGGGGGUUGAAGCAGAACGGUAUCUUCGACGAAGGAGAGUGGAUCGCGCAGAUUGAUUGUGAAAUCCAGGGCAUUAUCAGCAGCACCCGCCUGCCCUUGUCAUCCCAACAAGAUGCCAGCAGCGCACGAGGUGCUGCUGCACCUUCUCAGNGCGCACGAGGUGCUGCUGGACCUUCUCAGCACCCAACUGCUGCUGCAGCGGGUACCGCGAGGAGGAAGGUGGAUCGAGGGAAGCACGCCAGGGAGAGAGCUGCGAAAGGCACUUUAGGCGGCAACAUCUGCAACGCGUUCUCGAUUGGCAGCGGACAACCGAUUGAGCGGACUCGUGGUGGAGCGAAAGAGUUCGUAUCCGGUAUCAGCUUCCCGCUUCCGGCCCCGGAGUCCCGCCGAUCCUGCCCUCACUGUCCCAUGGCCUUCGUGAACGAGCAAGGCCUUGGGAUCCACCUGAGAACGCAGCACAGCAGUGCAAACAUGUCCAACGGCGUGCGGCUGCGGCGGAUGCUACAGAAGAAUCUCGAAGGGCGUGUCCUGCCGUGGGAAGAAGCCGAGCCUGGGCGUUGUUGGCACGUGAAGGUCGAUGAUGCGACGGGGGCGGUUUCGUUUGUCCUCCAGCGGAAGCGCUUUCUCGAUCUAGACUUGGAAAGCGACGGCUUUAUGGACCGCGAAACCAAGGAAACUCGUGGAGCUCCCAAGCACAGGCGAUACGACUAUAGGUUCAAAGCCAAUGCUGUCAACCAGCUGCGCAUCCUCGAGGACAACGCCGCGGACCUCUGGAAGGAGGAGGAGCGCACGCCUCUUCAGUACUUAGAGGAUCGUCUCAAGGUUCACUACAGCAACAUCGUGAAGUGGGCCAAGGACGAGAAGGGACGGCGAAAUAAGAACAUGGCCAAUAAGAACACGUGCUCGGGUUGGGGCAGCCAGUAAGAACUGAGUCUCGCUCAAAAUAGGAGGUUUUUAAGUGCGGGCCUCAACUGUAGAUCA